CACUGAAGAGAGGUUUAUGUCAGGACAGCAGAGGAAGGUAGAUAGUUGGUUGCAGCACAGUAGGUAGUGGCAGCCGUACUUAGGUAGUUGCCUCCGAUGCAAACUUGGUGAUAGUCUCAUCUUUCUCGUCCUUCCUCUAUUCAGUUUUCAUCCCAGCCAUCGGACAUCGUAUACUGUUUGUCGCUCGUUACUCACCUCCUGUUGUUCAAAAUGAAGCUCUUUACUCUGCUAAUAUACUACAUCCUCCUUAUCAUCAUCCCAACCAACGCGAUGAUGUCCCUCCGAAAACGCCCCCGCGGCUUCGUCAUUGACGAUUUCUGCAAAAGGUCAGUUAACAAGCUUCGUUCAUGGCACGGCCCUGGCGAGAAUCUCAAGGUCGAGUACGACCAGAACGAUGACGACGAUGAUGAAUGUCUCGUGCGACUGUUCCCUUCCAACCCGGACCACAACUAUCACACCCAGUUCUCAUACUCCUGUUUCGAUCUCUCCAGACAUCGAAAGAUGUUCCUUCAUGUCAAGUAUUCCGGUAGUGACGCGUUUACGAUCUCGUUGUAUCAGAAUAAUGGUGCUUGCAACCCAUUCCGUGCCCCUUUUCCGGGAACAAUGGAUAGUGUGGAAGCGUCUCGCUACACGACUGAUGGUGGUGGAGAUAUAUAUGUCCCGUUAUCCCAUUUCUACAUUGAUCUGAAGCGAGCGUCGUCGAUUGCUUUCCAUGGCUUUUACAAGGAUGAGGAAACGGUUCUCCAUAAAGUUGAGAUUGUUAAACACCUACCCCGUGACGUCGACGUGCCUAGGAAGCUGCCAACGGGGUCGAUGGUAUUGACUUGCAAGAGACCGAACUCUUUCGCAUUCGGUAUUGAUGAUGGUGAUCCAAGACUGGCGCAAAAGGUAAUGGAGAUAUUGGACGAUGAAGAUAUCAAAGUCACCUUCUUUGUUGUCGGACAGGGGUUGCGGGAUCCAAGUACGAAUCUUACGGAAGUGUAUUCUGAGAUGAUUGAGAAGGGUCAUCAGGUUGCGUUGCAUUCCGAUACACAUCCAAGGAUGGAAGGUUUGCAGACAGAAGAUGAGAUUGAUGAUGAGAUUACGGGUGGACAGCAUGCUCUCAAAGAUCUUCUUGGAAUCGAAUCUCGAUACUUUCGCCCUCCCUACGGCACCAUCGGAGCCCGAAUGAGACAACGAUUGGCAGCUCAUAUUGACGACCCAUAUAUCGUGAACUGGAGCGUGGAUGUCGAGGACUGGCUAUGGGCAAACACGAAUGAGCCAUGGCGACAACUGAAGGCAUUCCGUCGUGACAUUGACCGAGGAGGGAAUCUGGUGGUGAUGCACUACCUCACCUGGAAUACAGUCAAAUACUUCCGAGAGUUCAUACGUAUUGCCAAACACAAAGGGAAGAAGAUCAUGAGGAUUGAUCAGUGUAUGAUGGAUCCCGACGCUCCUGACUUGAUGUCCUCGUCUGAAAACCAAGAGACGAAAAUGUUGCGAACACGACCUGAUGCUAAACCGAAAAAUGAGGAGAGCAUCAUGUCCCCCACGACCCCAAAAGAAAAUUACCCCCAACAAAUUCACCUCACCUCCGAAAACAUCUACCUCGAACUAACCUACUCCCCUCUGAACACAACCCGCAUCCUUGCACAAAUUAACUCCCCCUCCGCCGGCGCCAACAUUUUAUUUCUCGGCACAACACGCGACACAUUCGAAAACCGACCCGUCUCCCAACUAAGUUACACGAGUUACGCACCCUUGGCCCUAAAAACACUUACCGAAAUCGCCCGCGCCACGUUCAGGGAUCAUGAAGGUAUAAAGGGUGUUAGUAUAUCGCAUCGAUUGGGGGUUGUGCCUGUUACGGAAGCUAGUAUUGCGAUUGCGGUUAGUGCGGCGCAUAGGGGUCCGGCGUGGAGGGCUGGAGAGGAAGUUUUGGAGAAGUGUAAGGAGAGAUUGGAGGUGUGGAAGAGGGAGGAGUUUGUGGGUGAGAGGCCGGAGGAGGGGGAGUGGAGGGCUAAUAGGGAUACGGAUUCGAGGGGGAGGGCUGUUAAAUCGUCGUAA